AUGGUAAAUGCCUCCAAACAGCCGGACAUCCCCCUCCAACCCCUCAACACCUCUGGCGAAGCAGUUGCAAUCGACGCCCCUGCUUCUGCUGUAGAUCAAAUCCUACUGCGUGUCUACAAGCAACGAUGGGUAGUGCUUCUAGCGGUGGCCCUUCUCAAUAAUACAAAUACAAUGUCAUGGAUUGGAUACGCACCGUCCGGCAACUAUGUGAACACGUUCUAUGGGGAGGGAAGUGCGGCGUGGCUAUCCCUUGUUUUUAUGAUCUGCACAAUCCCCGUCGGCAUGUUCGCCAUGUGGGCCGGUCGGGAGUGGGGACUCCGUACUGCCAUCCUAAUUGCUGGCUAUACAAAUGGAAUCGGGUCAAUCAUCCGUGUGAUCUCAUCAAUCGAUGCGAUCAGUGAAGAGUAUCGAUUCCCGAUUUGUAUGACAGGACAGGCGAUCGCAGCAGUGGCCUAUCCAUUUAUUAUGUUUUUACCGACCAAAGUCGCGGGCUCCUGGUUCCCAGACACCCAACGUGCAAUUGCCACAACGAUCGGUGUGAUGUCUAACCCGUUGGGAGUUCUUAUGGCUAAUCUGAUCUCUCCGGCUAUUGUGACGUCACCGGAACGCAUUUUCUAUCUGAAUCUGUUCACUUCUAUUCCAUCUUGUAUUGCUAUGCUGAUUGCGGUGUUCUUCGUGACGCGAAGCGAUCCAAAACUCCCACCAACCAUCAGUGCGAGUCAACCCCAAAUGCCCUUCACAACCGGACUAAAAUCCUGUCUCCAUUCAAAACAAUACAUCAUCUUGUUGAUCGUAAUGGGUGGCGGCAUCGGAAUGUUCAAUUGUCUCUACACAGUUAUGCUGGAACUCCUCUGUCCUUCUGGCUACUCGAACUUGUUCUCCGGUUUUUGUGCGGCGUUGAUGAUUAUCGGAGGGAUCUGUGGAGCGGCGGCCAGUGGGACAUUCGUCGAUCGCACUAAGCUCUACGAGGAGACACUGAAAGCCGGUCUCGCCGCCGCCGUCGUUUUCGGACUCAUUUUCCUUCAACUCACUCUCCAUCAGGGUCUCUCAAUCCUCAUUGCCAUCUCUUGUCUGUUAUUCGGUAUCUGCGGGUUGGCAACUUAUCCGAUCGGUCUAGAAAUGGCAUCUGAAUGCACAUUCCCCGUGUCUGAAACCACGUCGACCGGGUUGAUUGUGUUGAGUGGACAGUUGCAGAGUGUGAUCUACGUGUUUUUGAUGAAGAACUACGCGAGACCAUUGCAACCGGAGAGGAUGGGCGGUCAAGUUUGUCAAUUGACACCGGAGGAUACGGUUAACACGCCAAAGGAUAAUACUCUUUCGAUUAUUAUUUUCUCUGCACUAGCAUCCGCACUGGUCUUCCUAUUGGUCUGCUUCUUCAAACCAGUCUACAAACGCCUCGAAGCGGAACGUGCUGCUACCAAAACACGUGCAACUGCUCAAGAUAUCACUCAAGAGGUGUCCAAUACCAUCACUAUUCCAGAAGAGUCCGCAGUGGUACCGUUAGUUGAGGCGAAGAUUGUCAUGUAA